AAUUCUUUUUAAUGGGCAAUUUGACUUUUAUGGGAAAAAUGUAAAUAAACAUCUCGGCAAAUACAUAAACUUCCGUGAAAAUUCGAGUAUUUCCCAACAUUUUCCUCAACAAAUCAACACGAACUGUGUGAAAAAUGUCUUCUGGCUUCGACGCGGUGCAGAAAUACGUCAUUGGAGGAGUGGACACGGAUUUCGUGGUGCACAAAUUCAACGAGAAACUUUUCGUCCUGAUCACACAAUUUGGGAAAAUCACAAAUAUCCUCACUGUCUCCAAUGAGAGGGACUUUGAGAGUGAUUUAUUCCAGAAGUACAACAAGCACCUGAAUGUUCAGAAUAAAUUCGGCAAGGAUGAGGAUGAAGUUCAAGCAGCUGUAAGGAGAAUUUUCACGCAGGUUGAAUGCAAAGGAAUUCAGAGCUAUGUAGUCUCCUUGGGCAUCCGGGAAAUCAAUAAGGAUAGUCUGGGGGAAAUAGUUGAGGUACUCAAGCAAAUCUUGUCCAGCUACAGCUGAGAACAAAAGGCAGCAUAAAAGGGCUCAGGUAGCUCAGGUAGGCAGGUAGAGGAGCAGCCAACAAGCCAUACUCAGGAGGCAGGGGUAAGUGGUAAAAGAAUAUUCUCAUUUUGAGGAAAAACUUUUGUAUUUCAUUAAAAUUGUGUAAAAAAAUUAAGAAAA